UGCAGCUGGACUCCGCGGGGCCUCCCUCAGCGCCUGUCCCGGCGUGUGCCCUUCGGCGAGACACGUGUCCGGACGCGGCGGCAGCAACAGCAGCACGGAGAGCCGCCCACCGCCUGCCCGGGGGUUUGGGGUUCCCAAGGUGGCUGCUGUCAGGAUGAGCCUCGCUGCCCCCUGCUGCGCGGCCAAGGAGAGGCGACCGGGCAAGGGCUGCGCUUUCCGCCUCUGCCUGCUCUCGGCCACGCUCCUCCUGUGCCUGCAGCUGCUACUCAGGCGCUCCUGGGACUCCGCCGACGCCGAGCUCGACGGAGCGGACACCGGAGCGGACAAGCCCGCUGCCGGCCGCAGCCGAGUCGAGAAGGCCAACAAGGCGGAGGCUGCUGCGGCCAGCAGGAGGAGGCGAGUUACCUACGUGCGAAGCAGCCGCCGGGGGAGCGCCGUAGGCCCCACCUGUUGCCUCCAGGCGGCGCUGCCGCGCACCAGCCGCAAGAAGACUAUACGAUGGCAUGUAGACUUGCAGCCAUGGGCAAGUCCAGUACCUUCCUUGAGUAAUGAAGCCCUGAGGCUCUUGAACUAUAUCAGCACCACCCAGAUGUCAUGUGACCAUUUGAACACACAAGACCUGCCAGAAACCCCUGAUAGCUUAAAGAGGCCAUGGUCAGUCUGCCUGGAUGACAGAUUAAGUUUGAUUCAUCGAAUGAAAAGCAAGCAAUGUCGUUUAUAUUCACUGGGACUGGGCGAUGAAGAUAACCAGUUUGAGCUGAGCAUGGCCAACAGUGGAUGUGAAGUGCAUCGCUUUGACCCCGGCAUCAGAGCAGCACAUAUUCAAGAAGGACAUCUCUGGUACCAUCGCCUAUCCAUCGACUGGCGGGAUCCUAAUCCAGCGAUUGCUGCUCAUAAGCUUCAUGCCAACACCAAGAGGCUUGGUGCCAUAUUGAAUGACUUCGGCCAUUACAAGAUUGAUGUCCUCAAGGCAGAUAUGGAAAGUGCAGAAUGGAAAAUUUUGGAAAAUCUUAUCCUGGAGGAUGUUGUGCUGCAGAUUGGACAACUGGUGUUUGAAAUCCACGUCCAUUGGCCUGGAUUUGAGGUCAGCGGUAAUGACAGUACUGUGGUUCGGUAUUGGUACAGUCUUCUCAAGGAGUUAGAACUGAAGGAGUUCAGGCUUUUUCACACUUACAAAGACUUAUCAAAGCCACAGAUAUUUCUAAAAAGGGCAGCCUUCAAUGCAAGUAGCUGCUAUACUCUGAGUUGGGUGAAUACAAGAUGGAAAUAGAAAGCCUCAGCUACGGAAGAGAACUGUGAAUCAUCACCUUCAGGAGUGUGAUUGAAGAUGAUAUUGGAGACCUUGACAAAAGUUACUGAACUUGCAAAGACAAGCUGGGGUGAAUAAUAACCGACUUGCAUCCAACCACACAGUUCUGAAGAUUAGAGAACGCUUGUGUCUUCAGAAGAGGUGAUGAUAGUUUCUGCUGAUUUAUCUUCCCACAGCAGAUCCCACACUUGGCCUUUCCUACUGUUCCUGAGGAUCCACUGACCUCCUCCCCACACUAUGGUGAGGUUCAGUAGACUGCAGUCAGAGGGGGAAGCAGGAAGGUUCUGCGAAUUAUUGGGUAUAUACCCGGAUUUUUUUCCUUGUUUUCUCUGUACUAUUCCCCACUGCAAAGGCACAGGUCAUGGAAGAAGUAGUUUGAAUUUAAAAUGGUUUGCUUCUGCUGUACACAUGGCUGCACAUCAAUUCAUGCUUAGAUGAAUGACAGGAGCAGGCAACUGUUCUGUAAUAAUUGCAUUGAUUAAGAAAUUGGCAUGCAUGAAAGGACACUGUAUCCUUACGGACAGACGAGAUGAGCAAAUUAGCUUCUAAUGUUAAUUUUUUACUCUUUCUUUGCGCUCGAGGAAGGGGAGACUGUUUCUCAGGGUUCUGACCUACAGGAGGCACUUUAUCUUGCUGUGUCUUCUAGUACGCAUUUCCAGGCACUUGAAUUUAUUCUCUAUUGUAUGGCUGCUGGGCAGUCGUUUCCGUAAAUAAUUCCUUUUUUUUCUCGAUGCCUUUUUUAUCUUGUACUGUGGUAUAUGGCCCAAUUCGCAACAUGCUUUAUUUUAGCAGUUUGCAUCAAAUUAGGCAACUUUUGCUUUCAAUCAGUGGCAGUAAGUAAUAAGAAGAGCGUUGCUGGAUAAGAUAGAGGGUUCAUCUAAUCCAGCAUCCUGUUUGCCAGAGUGACCAACCAGUUGUUUCCUGGAAAUCCACAAACAGCUCAUGAAAGCAACAGUGUAAAGAUGUUGCUUUUUCAUUUCCCAGCUCUUGCGACCUUGGCAGCAUUCCUCGAGCUGGGCUGUGUGCCCGGUGAGGCAAGCUAACCUUGCUACUCCUUAUCUAUG